CUAGAGAGGAAUUUUUCCUGAAUUAGUCGAUACUUUAUCAACAAAAAAUAUUUCAUGGAAUAAGUGGGACUACAAUUCAUGUCGGUUUUCUUUGGCGCAUUUUCAGUAAACUAUCUGUUUUUUAACAAUCAAAACGUUGGACGCGUGAAGUAAAAUUUCAACAAUGGUUAAGCAAAGUUUAGUAUUUGUAAAGCCACAUGAAUUACGUAUCGAUGAAUACCAGAAAGAUGAUGAGCCAUCCGAAACAGAGGUUUUGAUUGAUGUAGCUGCUUGUGGUAUUUGUGGCAGUGAUCUUCAUUGGCACCUUUCCGGUAGAAUCGGUCCAUUCAAAGCCAAGGAGAACGCAAUUAUGGGCCAUGAAGCAAGUGGAACCAUUGUCAAAGUUGGAUCCAAAGUAACCAACGUCAAGCCAGGUGAUAGAGUUUGUAUUGAACCACAUGAACCCUGUUGGACCUGUGAUUUCUGUCGAAUCGGAUCAAAUAAUUUGUGUCCCUAUGGUGAUGUAUCAAGUUGUGGAGCAAAUAAGAACGGGUUCUUCCGAUCAACCAAUGUUUGGCCUGCUAUUUUGUGCCAUAAAUUACCAGAAAGCAUGACACUCGAAGAAGGUGCUUUGGUUGAGCCAGUUGCUUGUGCUGUCUGGGCAAUAAAACGAGCCAAGCUAGAGGGCAAUGAUUCAAUCUUUAUCACCGGUGCUGGUCCAAUUGGUUUAUUAUGUUUGAUGGUUUCCAAGGCUUUCGGUGCUGGCAAAAUAUGCAUAACUGAUUUAAAUGAAAAGCGUUUGUCCAUUGCCAAAUCUCUAGGAGCAGAUUACACAUUGUUAACCACUCCUGGUGAAACAUCGGAAGAGAUUGCUGAAAAGGUUAAGAAAAUAAUGGGUGGACCACCUGAUGUUACGAUAGAUUGUACUGGUGUUGGUGCAUGUAUCAAUACAUGUAUUUUGACAGCCCAAAGGGGUGGCAAAGUUUUAUUGCAAGGAUUAAGCGCUAGCUUAUCUAGUGUUGAUUUAACUAUUGCAUCGAUAAAACAGCUAAAUCUUAUUGGUGUUAACCGGUUCAAUAAUACAUUCCCAACUGCUAUUGAUCUCAUCUCCAGUGGACGGGUUAAUGCCAAAGGUUUGAUCAGUCAUGUAAUUAGCUUGGAGGAUUAUCAAACAGCUUUCGAUGCUCUUAAGAAGGGCCAAGGAGUUAAAAUAUUACUUUCACCAAAACAUAAUAAAUAAGCUUUAUACGUUACAAGUAAAUAAACUGGUAGCUUUAAUUUUGAGAACUUAUCGAAAUAAAAUAUUAAAAUCAAAAAAUUAAAUGUUAAAA